GCUAGAGGGCGCUAUUGGUACAGUAUUUUGCGCGCUGCCGCAUCCCAUCUUUCCGGCCAAAAAUACGUAGUGUUUUCGUCCUAAAAAAACCCCAAAGAAUCGACUUAUUAUUUGAUUGUUUAUCGUUAAGCCAGGAGUUAAUACAUUGAGAAUGGGAAGGAAAAAGUCAAGACAAGACAGCAGCUCUGGCUCCGAGUUCGUGUCGGAGGAGGAAUCAGAAAGCUCGGGUGAAGUCGAUACCUCCAGCACCGAUGAGGAGUCCAGCAACCGGCGCGUGACCAGGACCUCCACACGGCUCCAAACAAGAGCAACCAAUCAAGCACUGUUAGUACAACCUUUCCGGAGGUCCCCCCUGAAGGGACGCAAGAGAGGCUCCAGCGGUUCCAACUCGGCGGAAAGCUCAGACACGGACAGUAACACCAAGACCACGCCGGUCAAGCGCAAGCGCGGCCAUCCCCCAGCGAACAGCGGCACGUCGGACGGCGAGUCCAACGGUUCGACGGGCCCCUCCCACAGCCCCAAGAAGAGGGCCAAGAGGGAGGAGGAUAACCUCAGCAACUCGCUGGGCAAACCAGGUGUGGUCCUGAAUGCAGAGUUCGAAACCAGACAGCGCAAGAGCAAGCUGAUAGCUGUGGCACAGGUUCAACGGUCGCUGGAUAUCAUGGAGCUGAAGUGUCCGGUACCAGGCUGUGAUUCACUCGGUCACAUCACCGGGAAAUUCAGCAAGCACCGCACGGUCUCUGGCUGCCCCAUCUACCACAACAUGACCCUGGCAGAGUGCAAGGCACGGGCCGAGACCCGGGCUGACAAGGCCAAGCAAAAGGCUGAGGAGGAAGGCGAGGACCAAGAUCUUGCCGGCAAGAAUCUGCGCCAGUCGAAUCUGUCGCGGAUGAAGCAGCAGAAGAAAUACCAGGUUCUAGAGAUGAGAAGACAGCGUAAAGAGCUGAGCGCGGAGCAGCGAGAGAAGAACCGCAAUCACCGGGAGGAGUUCCACAAGAGCCGGGAGCCACUGCUGGAUGGGCUGACGUCGCAGUACGACAUGGACCUCUUCAGGCAGGCACAGAUCAGAGCAUCUGAAGAAAUGGAGCGGGAGUACAACAACGCACCUUACGACGGCGUCCUGAAAAAGAUUGACUUUGGUCGCUUUGAGCUGGGCACCUGGUACAGCUCCCCGUACCCGGAGGAGUACGCCCGCCUCCCCAGGCUCUACAUCUGCGAGUUCUGCCUCAAGUACAUGAAGAGCUCCACGAUUCUACGCCGGCACACGGCCAAGUGCAUAUGGAGGCAUCCGCCGGGCGACGAGAUCUACAGGAAAUGCAACAUCUCCUUCUUUGAAGUGGACGGGAAGAAAAACAAGAUCUACUGCCAGAACCUGUGUCUCCUUGCCAAGUUGUUUCUGGACCACAAGACCCUGUACUACGACGUGGAGCCGUUCCUGUUCUACAUCAUGACUCUCAACGAUUCCACAGGGUGCCAUAUAGUUGGCUACUUCUCUAAGGAGAAGAAUUCCUUCCUGAAUUACAACGUCUCUUGCAUCCUGACUUUGCCACAGUUUAUGCGACAGGGUCACGGCAAAAUGAUCAUAGACUUCAGCUACUUACUGUCCAAGCGAGAGGAGAAGAUUGGCUCACCAGAGAAGCCUCUCUCUGACCUGGGGCUGAUCAGCUACCGGAGCUACUGGAAGGACGUGGUGCUCAAAUACCUGAGCAAAUUUGACGGCCGGGAACUCUCUAUCAAAGAUAUCAGCCAGGAGACGGCCAUCAACCCCUACGACAUCGUCAGCACCCUGCAGUCCCUCAGCAUGCUCAAGUACUGGAAGGGCAAGCACCUGGUCCUCAAGCGCCAGGACCUCAUUGAUCAGUACCUCAGCAAAACCUCCAAGAAGAACAGCCUCAAGACCAUUGACCCCCUGUACCUGAAAUGGACUCCCCCGGUGGGUGAUACAAUCUGAGAGGUUUUUGUACACAAGUAGCAGGCGUCAGGGUCAGUACAUUAUCUCAACUAGGGAUGAUCAGUGACAGGUCAAAAGUUUCAACAGGUGAUAAAAAGUGUCAACAAAAGUUCACAUUGGUAACUGUGAGGUUUAAAGAGGUGGUGGAAUGCUCGAAGACAUUUCCGUCAUUUCCGUAUAUA